CGUAAGCGCCAAAUCCGGAGAGAGCGACUCUUCACAGUCCCACUUAUCACUAGAGCAGAACGAGAACUUGUUCUUCUUGCUCAGAAUUAGCUCUCAGCAAAAAGAUAUGGGGUUUAAGAAUGUUGAUACUAGAAGGUUUCCGAAUUUCGGAGCCAUCUUCAUGUCAAAUCAGAGUACAAUGAAAGAGUGUUAUGAGAGAAAAUUAUUUGGCCUACCAGCUUCUCAAACUGGUUUUGUUAGAGAAGUUAAGGUUGGAAUGAUUUUGUUUCUUUUCGAACAUGAGAAGCGAAAACUCUAUGGGGUUUUUGAGGCAACUUCAGAUGGUGAGACAAAUAUUGUUCCCCAUGCAUUCAGUUCAUCCGGGAGGCAAUUUCCUGCACAGGUUCGAUUUACAACAAUCUGGCAUUGUUGUCCUCUUUCAGAACAUGAGUUUCGUCAUGCAAUUCUAGAAAAUUACUAUGAAAAGCACAAAUUCAAUUUUGGCCUGUCUAAGCAUCAGGUUGAGAGCCUUCUCAUGUUAUUUGUUUCAAAAAAGGUUGAAGUCCCGAAAUCUCCAACUUUCAUAAACAGUGCUAGGAAAAGGGAUCGCAACCAUUCUAGUGAAGAAACAGAACUGAAAGUUAUAAACGCUAACCAUGUUUCUGGCAUUCAACCUGUUACACCUAGAGAGGAGCCAGAAAAGUUGAAUAUCUCUUCCAGAAGUUUUAGUACUGACCUUGGAGAUUUCAUACCGUUGGAUUCGCCUGAUGAUUCUGAACUUGCUGAUGCAGAAGCUCCUUUCUCUCUGGUUGGGUGUUUUGAGUACAAUCAAGCAGGAUCGGCUACUUUUGAGUGUGACGAAGACUUGUGCUUCCCUAAACCUUAUGUUAUCAGGCCUAUCUCGAUUGAUGAAACAUCAAAACUGGAGAAUCUAUGUCACCCAUUUGCCGCGACAAGUUCAGAUAUGGAUUCCUGCUGUGGAAUAGCUGAGUCCUCCUCUGCUGCGGGUUCUUUGUUUAAUUUGGGUGAUUGCCACUUGAAGGAUAGUACAGGCUACCAAGAACAGAGUGGUUUGUAUUAUGAAGAUAAAAUUCCAAGCAGCAAGGGUCUGUAUUCUGAUACUCUGGACAAGAGAACUAGUGUGUUUUCUCGUUUAGAUCGGGCCUUAAAAGAUUCUGUACUAGAGAAAGUGGAUGAUACCCGAGUGGAUAAGUCAGUGGAUGAUAUCAUGGAAGGGUUGCUGCAGAGGCAAGACAAGUUGAGAAAGAUGGUGAAAAAAGUUGAACCUCUUGAACAUGAAAAUGAAUAUUGUCAUAAAAAGAAGAGAAUAAGUGUGUUUUCCCGCUUGACAAGGGUUUCAAAAAACUAGAAAAGUUGUUUGACAAGAUAAUUUUGAUUGUAAAUGGUGUAUGGAAUCGUAUGAAUGAAAUUGGGUUAGUCUCCAUAGGCAAUGUUUACAAAGGAAG